AGCAAAUCUUCUAAUUUCGAGGAUAUCAUCAGAGUUUCCCUUCCCGACAGCCGGAAUGAAGAUGUCGGACCCCUGCACGGAUCAGAUAAUGGUACGGGACCCCUACUUUUCGGAAUACGUACGUCAUUCUUGAGCUAACACGCACCCCCUCCCCGCAUUUCUGACGUCGAUGGUAUCGUAUCAUUUGUAGACUUUAUCGUCGACAAGGUACACGACAUACUACUACACCAUGAUUUAUUUUAUUUGGAUUUGACGCAACACGAAUCAAAGGAAAGCGAGCUGAUUUGUCUCGUCUAUUAAUGCAUCGACGACUUGAUAUUACUAUUCUAAGUAGCGAAGCAGUUGAUUGUCGCUGCUGUAUUCAACAUGACGGAAUCCAUACAUCAGUGGCUCGUCGCGUUUGCAGCUUCAACUCAUCGUGCGUUCUACUGAUAAGCCCAGUUGCUUUUCCAUCUUGGUCUUGAUCUGACUUGUGAAGCGUUUCUGGCGCAAUAUAUUCAGUAAAACACUAGCUCUUGUAAAUGAGUUUCGAUAAAAAUCCCCCAUAAUGUCUCUUUGUCCGAGAUUGGCGCGGACCUUGGGUCGCACUCGUCCAAGUGUAUUACAUCCUUCUAUAUAUCGAACCCUACGGGCGGUUCCCUUUAGUAACCCUGCUCCAGCGCAGCUUAGGUUAUUGCACUCUUCACCUGGCCUGCUAUCGAAACCUACCAACCCAGAUCCGCGAGAAAAUCCGGCGAAUGAAUUAGCCCCUACUGCUGAUAUUAAUGUCGGUCAGAAGCGGCUCGCUGACUUCGACUUGAAGGGCAGAGUCUUCGUCGUAACGGGAGCUGCAAGGGGUUUAGGCCUUGCUCUUGCUGAGAGCCUUGUUGAGGCGGGAGGAAAAGUUUACUGUCUCGAUCGUGAGGAAAACCCCGAUAAGCACUGGGCAGAGGCCAGAAGACGAGUAGUUCCCGAAUGGGGAGGUUCGCUUCAUUAUCGGCAGCAAGAUGUCCUGGAUACAAAACAUCUGGAUAAGACAAUAACGGAUAUCGCAGAUGAUAACGGGCGUCUGGACGGUGUCAUCGCUGCCGCCGGUAUCCAACAGAUUACACCAGCCGUCGACUACGAGCCGGCCGAUUCUGCUAAGAUGUUAGCUGUUAACUUCACCGGCGUAUUAAUGACCGCGACAUCUGCCGCUCGUCAGAUGAUGAAGUACAAAUGCCGAGGAAGCAUAUGUCUCGUGGCAAGCAUGAGCGGCAGCGUAGCCAACAAAGGCCUCCUAUCGUCGGUCUACAAUUCAUCCAAGGCCGCGUUGAUCCAACUGGCGCGUAGUUUAUCAAUGGAAUGGAGCCCGAUCAAGGGCGAUGGGACGGGAGGGAUCCGCGUCAACUGCCUGAGCCCCGGACACAUCUUGACGCCUAUGGUACUUAAAAACUUCGAGGAAGUACCUUCUCUUAAGGACAAGUGGAAAGGCGAAAAUAUGAUGGGGAGGCUGGCGAAGACGACGGAGUUCAAGGGCGCGGCGUUGUUCCUCUUGAGCAAUGCGAGCAGCUUCAUGACUGGAUCUAAUCUUGUGAUAGACGGUGGGCAUACUUCGUGGUAGCGACCUUUUAGAUGGUGCGUUUUAUAAAUCAAUAGAACGAACGUGGAGGUUGUCGUUGGGAAUGUACUAGUAUUCUAUAUACUGAGUAGAACUAUGGUUAAUUACCUAACGUAAGGUAUUUAAUUUAAUUUUUAUGUAUUAGCAUGCUAAGUUUGAGUAAGUUCUAUAAACUAGGUAGGUACCUAACGGAAUUAUAUUAUCAGAAUGCUAGACACGUCAAUUUCCGGAACUACUCCACUAGUUCG